CUAAACAGGACUUGGAUCCAUCUGUAGCAAGGUCCAAAUCCAUCUCUCAGCAGUCCAGCCAGACGGAACAACAUCUCUCGAGGGCUGACCGAGAACCGCAACCAUGAAUGGCACAGAGGGCCCCAAUUUCUACGUGCCCAUGUCAAAUGCAACUGGCGUGGUGAGAAGCCCAUUCGAAUACCCACAGUACUACCUUGCUGAACCAUGGAAGUUCUCCGCACUGGCAGCGUACAUGUUCUUCUUGAUCAUCACCGGCUUCCCCAUCAAUUUCCUCACCCUGUACGUCACCAUCGAGCACAAGAAGCUGAGAACCCCGCUAAAUUACAUUCUUUUAAAUCUGGCUGUAGGUGAUCUCUUCAUGGUCUUCGGAGGAUUCACCACCACGAUGUACACUUCGAUGAAUGGCUACUUUGUCUUCGGCACCACUGGCUGCAACAUUGAAGGAUUCUUUGCUACCCUUGGUGGCAUGAUUUCCCUCUGGUCCCUUGUGGUCUUGGCCGUCGAGAGGUACCUAGUGGUCUGCAAGCCCAUGAGCAAUUUCAGGUUCGGCGAAUCCCAUUCCAUCAUGGGUGUUUUAUUCACCUGGGUGAUGGCCUGCGCCUGUGCUGUUCCUCCCCUCUUCGGAUGGUCCAGGUACAUUCCUGAGGGCAUGCAGUGCUCGUGCGGAAUUGACUACUACACCCUGAAACCCGAGGUAAACAACGAGUCCUUUGUCAUCUACAUGUUCACUGUCCACCUCCUCCUGCCGUUCAGUGUUGUCUUCUUCUGCUACGGCCGCCUGGUCUGCACUGUCAAGGCAGCUGCCGCCCAACAGCAGGAGUCUGAAACCACCCAGAGGGCCGAGAGGGAAGUCACCCGCAUGGUUGUUCUCAUGGUCAUCUCUUACAUAGUCUGCUGGACUCCCUAUGGCAGUGUAGCUUGGUACAUCUUCACCCACAAGGGAGCUGAUUUUGGCCCAGUCUUCAUGACAGGUCCGGCAUUUUUUGCCAAGAGCUCAGCCCUAUACAACCCUCUCAUCUACGUCUGCAUGAAUAAGCAGUUCCGUCACUGCAUGAUUACAACCCUCUGCUGCGGAAAGAAUCCAUUCGAAGAGGAGGAGGGCGCAUCCACUACUGCAUCCAAGACAGAGGCCUCUUCAGUCUCUUCCAGUCAGGUGUCUCCUGCAUAAAGCUCCUCUCUUCAAAGGGCCUAAGAAACACGAUCAACGGAAAAUAUUUCUGCUACCGGAACCGACUGAAUGCUAUGUCUACAGAAAUAACAUAAUGAACUUUUUUGUAUUUUUACAAAUCAGUUUGUUAAACCAAAAGACUGUUGAAUCAGAAGGCGACACACUGUGUCCACAUCACUGUUGUUUCUGUAUGUACAGUAAGUCCAAUGUAAUGGUGCAUAAGAUGUUUUUUUAGACAAGAGGAAAUAUCUUAAAUCUUUUACAGUUGGAUUCUACCUGUAACCAGCUUAAUGUGAUUGUAGAGGCAUGUAAUCAAUGCAACGUAAAAUAAAAAGCACUUUGCAAAUGUC